AGUCACUCACCAUCACCACCAGUUGACGUCGAGAUGGCACGGCAAGCGGGUGUGUGCGCUGCGCUCCUCGUGGGCGUCUUGGCCUCCUUGGCGGCCGCCGAGUCCUACGAGAAGUUUCCUCUCCUCAUGCCCAACGUGCGGCCAGAGAAGGCCGAGACGUAUUUCUGCACUCCGAUUCGGAUAGAUCCCACUCAGGAGUAUUAUGUCACCGCCUUCGAGCCCAACGCCACCAUGGACACCGCCCACCACAUGCUGCUCUACGGCUGCGAGACCCCGGGCAGCGACGACGAGGUCUGGAACUGCGGGGAGAUGGCUCUGUCGCAGCCUGGCAUCGCCACGGCCUCCGUCUGCGGCUCAGGCUCCCAGGUGAUCUACGCGUGGGCCCGCGACGCCCCCAAGCUGGUGCUGCCCGAGGGCGUGGCGUUCAGGGUCGGAGGGAAGUCCAGCAUCCAGUACCUCGUCCUGCAGGUGCACUACGCUUCCGUCGAGAGGUUCAAGGAUGGCUCUACUGACGACUCCGGCGUGUUCCUGUACUACACAGAGACUCCGCAGCCCAAAGCGGCGGGCGUCCUCCUGAUGGGCACGGGCGGCCGCAUCAACCCCAACAGCGUCGAGUACAUGGAGACGGCCUGCACCAUCCAGGAGGACAAGGUGAUCCACCCCUUCGCCUUCAGGACGCACACGCACGCCCUAGGCCGCGUGGUGUCGGGCUACAAGGUCACCAGGAAAGGAUUCUCAGACGAGUGGGAGCUCAUAGGCAAGAAGGACCCGCAGCUGCCCCAGAUGUUCUACCCCGUGGCCAGCGACCUCACGCUCACCAAGGGGGACACAGUGGCUGCCAGAUGCACGAUGGAGAGCAAUCGUGACCGCACCACCAGGGUCGGUUCCACUAACGAGGACGAAAUGUGCAACUUCUACAUCAUGUACUGGACGGCGAAGGAGCCGCUGUCGCAGAAGAGCUGCUUCUCCCUCGGCCCGCCCUUCUACUACUGGACUCGCGGCGGCCUCGGCAACAUCCCCGACAAGGAUGCGUCCUCGCUCCCCGUGGGGACCUCGGCCAAGGAGACCGGGGUGGCGCCGCACCAGAUUUAGGAGCACAUGCACGAGGAGAAGUGCUGGUGAAGGAGGAGCAGGUGGUGGUGAUUUUGGAAGAGGAGGUGAUGUCGAAGGAGCAGGAGGGGAUAGCAAAAGGAAACGAGAAUAAUGAAGAGAGAAAUCAUGAAACCCUCAAGGAUGUCAUAGCUUUAACGUUUUAGAAACCCUUAGAAUGAAGCGUUUUAAGGACUGCAAUUGCUUAGCAAACAUAGGAUAAAUAUGGAGAAAGAUUGUCCUGUAGACACUAGCACAAGUAUAUUACUUCUGUUUAGUAGAUGGGAUAUUCAGGUUUCUAUUCAGUGUUCUGUUAUCAGUUAUUAACCUUUGUUAUACAUUGCAUAAAUUUUAUUAUCAGCAACAUAUAAACGACAUUUUAUGAUUUAAUGCCACGCACAGCCCAGGCACGCUGCUCUCCACACAUUCCAGUGUGAAGAAAUUACAUGUAAUGCGUCGCAGCAGCUUCGGUUGGAAUGGCGUGGCGGGUUCUGUUAUUGUUUUCUUGACUUAAGAUUAAAAUUAUUUAUUGAAAA